GCACUCCUUUCCCCAAAUCUGUUCUAAUUUCUGAAUAAAUAUUCCGUGAGCAAAUUCGCUGUUCGUACUAGCUCUUUGGCUUUGCUUUUGCAUCGUCCCUUUGUUUCACUAAUGGGGUCUUGGUGGGAAGGCAUUGAUGAAUCCCGUCUUUUAAUCGCUCCUGACCCUGGUGUUAACGAGGACGGUUCCGCUUGUUUUCUAUCACUUCGUCAUCCCAAAUCUGGACUCAGGACACCCUAUCUUUUAUGUAACGGAUUGCUUCAGGAACUUCACUGGUUCAAGCAACCUUCUGGGUCUUGGUUUUGGGGAGAUUAUGUUUCUGAAGAUGGGAGCCUAUAUAUUGCUACUCCAAUUGAUCCCAUUUUCAUCAUGUUGCCUAUAUUUGAAGAUGCAAGGAUGAAGAAAUGGGAUGAUCCUGGAAAGUUUAGGCAAUUAGGUGAGAUCCUCUUCAUUAAUGAUUGUUCUGGAUAUCAGCGUUUAUUCUCCAUGGCAGAGGAUUGUAUGGAAGUUGUUUGUGAAAGCAAAGAAAUUGGAUCAACAAAAUUUUUUAGGCUUGAUGACACUAAGGUUUUAGCUUGGUUACUGUACAAGGUAUCCAAGUUAAAACAGACUCUAUCGGCAUUGGACCAAAACUAUGCUGCACGUGAAGAGAAGGAUACAUUGGUUGAUGCAGUAUCAAUAUUAGGGGAGUACUUGAAAGAUGAUCCUUGGCUGAAGCUUUUGUGUAAUCAUUUUAAAUUGGAUUCUCUGGAGGCAAAAACAAAAGCAUCAGAUUUUGAGAUUUGUCCAACAGACAUAGGACACUCCGUUGGUUCUUCCAACUUCUCACAGGGUAAGAACACAAGUGAGAAAAAGGCUGAAAGAAAUGUAAAGCAAGCUAAGAAGGCUAUGGUAGAGACUGAGUCCAGGAACAUCAAAGAAAUGUUCACCAGGGCUUCACGAAGGAGGAAUUGAGGUUUUGUGGAAUGGAUAGAGGAUCAAG